AUGAAAGCAAAAUUGAAAAAUGUUAUACGAUUAGGUGGCUUUUAUUUAUUGAUGUCGAUCAUGGGAGCCAUGAGGGGCUCUGCCGUAUUGAAAUAUGAGAGUCCCAACGCAGGUCACGCGUCCGUGCAGAGCACAUGUGUCAAUUUCGUAAAAUUGAUAAUGCAGGAAAUUGAUUUAUCACCAGACCAAUACGCAGGACUAGAAGCAAUUCUAUGCGAUUUCGACAAGUCGUUAUUACUUGGAGCAGACCAAGAAGAAUGCGUCAAAGAAUUAGCUUCAAAAUUUGAAAAUCAUCUAGUAACGUGGUGCAACUGCUAA